AUGGAUAUGGCAUCGAGAGAAUCAUCCGCCAGCACAACGGUUCCACCUACCGCCGCCUCUGACAGCACACCUGCUGUGACUAGUAGUAGUCCCACGCCGUCCUCUUCGGCGUUCCAGCCAUAUCAGCAACAAUUGCACGAAGCCAUGCUGGCCGCUGUCAACAGUCACGGUGUUCCUUCUCUUUCCCAUGAGGAGUUUAUGGCUGCUGCUGCCGCCGCCGCUGCCGCCGCUGCCGCUUCAGCUUCAUCCAAUUCACAACCACGGCAAGAAGUCGAUUACGUCAAAAAAGAUAACAUUCGUGCAGCCAACAGAGAGCGAAAGAAGAAGUGGCGCUUGCAAAAUGAAGAGAGAAACAAAGACAACGAUUUGAGAUGUCGUGUGAAUAAGCGAGCUGCAAAACUUUUCGGCGUAGCGGACAGCGAAGAGAAGCAAGCGUGGAUCAACGAAGAAUUCAACAAACGAAGGAUGAAGCGUAUGGACAAGGAACGUAGAAAGAAUAUUGUGAACAAUGCCUUGAGUGUGCCAGGGUCUAUGAGCGGCUCGCCGCAGACGGCGCCUCAAAUGCCUUUCCAAUAUCCAUCCGUCGCCAUCGACACUGCCACUGCGAAAAUCCUAGACUUUCCUUCGGAUCUUCAACGUCAACUGUUGGAGCAAUUGAACAAUAACUUGCUGGCUCUUACGAAUGCCAAACUUCCGACGCCACCGAUGGAUUAUGGUCUUCAGGAACAGGAGCAAAAUCAAUCCACUUCCACUGAAGUUGCUACUGAGAAUCAGCCGCAAGAACAGCAACCUUCAACGGAAACGACAUCUCCAUUACCAGAGGACACGAAGCCACCAAAGCCAUCCGAAAAUACCUCUGAACAAAAGAGCGAGCAUACAGUGGAGUCGGCUCUUUCCUCACUGGCGCAAGGUCUGUCAUCUGGAGCCAGCGCAUCCAGCAGCGAGCAAAAUUCUCCUCUCGAAUACGUCAAAUCCGAAGACGGAAAGGACAAGCAGGAUAAAGAGUCAUCCUCUGCCAAACCAAAUCCAGAGAAGAAACCAGAGUAUCCCAUGGAUGCAGUGCUGACUUUAAUGCAACUCAAUGCCGGCUGGCGACAGUAA